UGGACGGCGUCGCGGUGUUGCGUAAUCGCAGGGAGAACCCAUUUGACUCUCGCCCGUUUCAGUGCUUCGUCAUGAAUCCGCCCUCCGGCUGCCCCGGCAAAACAGGUGUUAGAGCACCACUGGGGGAGAACGAUGGCAUGUUAUACGCGGAGUACCUACAGCUGGACAAGAUGUUGGGUGCUCAGAGAAUGCUCAGCUCGCAACAUUCCACCGUUCACGAUGAGCAUCUUUUUAUCAUCACACAUCAAGCUUACGAGUUGUGGUUUAAACAGAUAAUAUUUGAGUUGGAUUCUGUCCGGACGUUGUUCAGUAACAAUCAGGGACUAGACGAGUCACAAACGGUCGAGAUCUUGAGAAGAUUGAACAGGAUCGUACUUAUAUUGAAGCUUCUUGUAGACCAGGUGAUGAUCUUAGAGACGAUGACUCCGUUGGACUUCAUGGAGUUCCGGAAUUAUCUCUCUCCUGCCUCGGGUUUCCAGAGCGUUCAGUUCCGACUCAUCGAGAACAAACUGGGAAUAAAGCAGGAGAACCGUGUGAGAUUCAACCAGAACUACGCUAGAGUGUUUGGCCGGGACGCAGAAGCGAUGAAGGCAAUCGAGCGCUCAGAGAAGGAGCCAUCUCUGGAACAGCUGAUUCAGAUGUGGUUGGAGCGAACACCAGGUCUGGAGGUCAACGGUUUUGACUUCUGGUCCAAGUAUAAGCGAGCUGUGGAAGAAUGGCUGGAGGGUCAGAAGUUUGCGGCAAUGGAGAGCAAGUGCGAGUCAGAGCAGGUGUUCCUAUUGGCCGACAUACAGAAGCGAGCGGAGAUGUUCCACUCAGUGCUGGAUGCGUCGGCGCACGCAGCAUUGGUCGCACGAGGAGAGCGUCGGUUCUCACACCGUGCACUGCAAGGCGCGAUCAUGAUUAUGUUCUACAGAGAAGAGGCUCGGUUUAGUCAGCCGCAUCAAUUACUGAGUCUGCUCAUGGAUAUCGACUCACUCAUCACUAAGUGGAGAUAUAACCACGUUCUAAUGGUCCAGCGAAUGAUCGGUUCUCAACAUUUAGGCACCGGAGGAUCUUCCGGUUAUCAUUAUCUACGAUCUACUCUCAGUGACCGCUACAAAGUAUUCCUCGAUUUAUUCAACCUAUCGGCAUUUCUACUCCCUCGCAGCCACAUUCCUCCGUUGAACAGCGUCAUCAAAUGUCAGCUGUCCGCCAACUGGGGACAGUUGGACUCGGAGAAGCCCGUGGACGACGACGAUGACGAUUGAACGUCACAACAAUCACCCACCUGGUGCUGACCAAUGUGUAGUGCAGACGACAAAAACUAACCUAAUUGUGUCACAGCAAAACAACCUGUGUCAAGCCAGCAAAAUAUAACCUAAAAAAAGAUGAAAAAAGCUUGUGUUCAAGGUUUGACCCUAAAUUAAGGUUUCUAAUGAGCUACAGUCGCAAAAAGGUGUUCAUUAGUUUUGUUUAAGUGACGACAAAACAACCUGUAUGGUUGGGGACCUUAAUUUACAUACAACCUUUGUAUUUAGGCUCAAAAGUCGAGUUGAAAAAAUCAUACAUAGUAUCCAGUAAAUUAUGUGAUAUUCCCCUGAAUUAGUUCCUCCCAAUUAGGCUGUAGAUUAACAAAUAGCUUUAGUUCUUAUGUUAGUAGGAAACAAUCUGAGUUUUGUUACGUUGAAACAAAAGUAGGUUGAUAUAAUAUUUAUUUAGAAAGAAAAAGUCAACUCAAAACAAAGGGGCAUUGUAAGAGUGUUGUAAACAGCUAGGUAUUUGUUUCAAAGCUUCGAAAACUUUCUUUUAUCUUGUUACUUACAUUCUGUGUUCUAGGUUAAAAGUGUUCACCUAUCAAUAAUCUCUUAAAAGAACUGUAAAAGAGACGGUUGAAUAUUUAAGUAUAAAUUUUCAUCUUAAGAUUAAAUUCAUAGUUUCUAAUCAAUGAAAGUUGCUUGGUUUUAAGAGCUAAUUUUGUACAGAGUACGGAAAAAAAACAAUCUAUUUUCUGCAGCCCACUAUUCAGCAACAGGUCGUCCGAGGGUGGUGGGGGUAGGCUAGUAGGAAAGCCUACCAUUAUCUUUAGUUACAGAGUGGUCGUCUGAGCCACCUGCGUUUGUUCUCGAGUUGUUUUUCAAAAUAAUGAUUCAGUCAUUGCAGCUCAGCAGCAGAUCCAUGAAUUCUUUCAAUUAGAUCGACAAAAUUAAACAGAUUAAUUCAAAUUCAUCUGUAGGGAUGAAAAUUAAGAUUGAACCUCAAAAUUUGUGUGAUCGAGUGGUCAGACAUGUUCAAAGCAGUCGUUGUUUUUAGAGUUUGAUUUCUCCUUUAAGGACUGUUUUCCACAGCAGCACACACUCUAUCGAGUGUUAGUUGCCUGGCGUUCGAUCUGACUUUGGAUGGCAUGUCAGCUUCAUUUUGAAUGCAGAUGCCAUUGUUCUAAAGUUAGUAACCCAUGAUUGUGCUACACAUCGGAACUUCUCCAUGUCGCCCUAAUUGAAAGAAUGCACGGAACUCCCGCUGAGUUCCAAUGACUGAAUCAUUACUUUUUUUAAACGGCUCGAUAACAAACACCGCUCAGGCGACCACUGUUCUAUGAAUACAGAUAAUGGCAGUGUGUAGGCUUUCCAGCGAGCCUACCCCCACCAAUCCAGACAACCUGUCACUGAACAGUGCUUUGCGAAAAUAGAUCAAUUUUCAUUAUGUAACACACCCUGUAUGUAGUAUAUUCAAUAAGAAAUAUUUUACUUCUAGUCACGUGUAUGAAAAUUAUUUUCUAUAUAUGACCAUCAUAUAUAUACCAAAAAUAUACUCACCAACAAUAUUCAAGAUAGUUAGUUAAAGUAUUUCUCUAAGAAUCAAUUUUUCAAUAAUAAGUUUAUAAAUUCUUUUUGAUUUUUAUUAAGUUAUGGUAUGUGAUUACAGUUAGGAGAUUGAUAUUGAUCAUUUGAUAUUUCUUGGAAGCUGUUGAUUGUAGAAACUUAAACAUCCAAUUAUGAAGAUUUUUGAACACUUUCCUAAAGAGCAAUAAUUUAAGAUAAUGAAUGAUGAGUUAGAUCUUUAUUUCACAGUUAAUCAAAAUAGUCGCUUUAAAUUUACUUCAAAUGGAGAAAUAAUCUAUUUAUCUUUUUCAAACAUAUAAGCAAUUUUUUAGAAUUUAGCUGACCAAAGAGCACUGCCUUAUCCAUCAGUGAUUUAUGUACAAAUUAACAAAAAUGUUAACAUUCAUUUGGUUUAUAAGUGUACAAUAAAAACGAGUUUUAGUUUUGAAAAAGUUAUUUACAAAAGCAUUAACAUUAGAAUUUUACCAGUUCUUGGAUCCUAACCUAACCAUGUUUUGUGACGGUUGCAUUAUCUUGACUGUGAUUCAGUUUCAUUUUAAUCAACUUAAACAAUUUUUUUACUCUUCACUAUGUACAAUGCUUGCUCAACUGAUCAUUAAAGCACACGUUUUGGUUUUGUAUUUAAUGUCACAGUGCCGCAUAUUUCUUUCAAUAGGAGUAAAGUUAAGUAAACAUAUGAUAAGAUAUUUAGGGUGUUUACGUUCUAGCUUGAAUAUUUUUUGUAACCAAACCCGAGCAAUGUACUGCCAUAGUUUUUAAUACUAAUGUGUUCUUAAUCAUGUGUUUCAUUAUUGUACCGCUUAAGAUUUACUUUUGUUAAUAGUGAAAUAAAUUGUGUAAUA